UCUUGUCACUUCUAAGUGUUGGCCCAAUUCGUGUUACUAAUUUUCUUUAUUUUCUGUUUUUCGAUUUCUAUUUUCCUUGUGGUCUUAAUCUUCAUAAUUACUUUAACAAAUAUCUGUUAAUAUAAGUGAGUAUCUUAAUUGUGGGGAGAAUAGUGGAAAUUGAAAAGAUAGUGAAAAACAAAUUAUGGGAGAAGUGGAUCCAGAGACGCUAUUAGAAUGGCUGUCGAUGGGACAAGGGGACGAGAGAGAAAUGCAACUAAUUGCCUUGGAACAAUUAUGUAUGCUUCUUCUUAUGUCGGAUAAUGUUGACCGAUGUUUUGAAAGCUGCCCUCCAAGAACCUUUUUGCCAGCAUUGUGUCACAUAUUCUUAGAUGAAUGUGCUCCAGACAAUAUACUUGAAGUUACGGCAAGAGCAAUCACAUAUUACCUUGAUGUUUCAGCUGAAUGUACAAGAAGGAUUGUUGCUGUUGAUGGCACCGUUAAGGCCAUAUGUAACCAUCUCACUGUAUCUGAUAUCAAUUCUCGAGCCUCUAAAGAUUUAGCAGAACAAUGUGUAAAAGUCUUAGAAUUAAUCUGCACCCGAGAGGCUGGUGCAGUAUUUGAAGCUGGUGGACUGAACGCAGUUUUAACCUUUAUUCGAGACGAUGGAUCUUUCGUUCAUGAAGAUACCCUUCACUCUGCCAUGGCAGUUGUUUCUCGCCUUUGUGGUAAAAUGGAACCACAAGAUGCAUCACUUCAGUCUUGUGUCGAAUCUUUAUCAAACCUGUUGAAACAUGAAGACAAUCAUGUUGCUGAUGGAGCCCUGAGGUGUUUCGCCUCUUUAGCUGACAGAUAUACUCGCAGGGGAAUCGAUCCUGCACCUUUAGCUGAGCAUGGGCUAGUUGAUCAACUUUUAUCAAAAUUAUCUUCUGUUAAUGACAUAAGUCACCUAAAUACAUCACUUCUUGCCACCGGGCAAACUUUAAAUGCAUCAGGAGCAAGUGAAAGCAAAUCAUCACAAACAAUAUCAACUGUGAUUAGUUUAUUAUCAACAUUAUGUCGAGGAUCACCCUCUAUAACAUCAAAUCUUUUGAGAUCUAAUUUAUCUGUCGCAAUUGAAUCAUCUCUUCAUGGUGAUGAAAGAUGUGUCCUAGAUACAAUGAGGCUGAUUGAUCUACUUCUAGUACUUAUUUUUGAGGGACGAAAUUCAUUGCCCAAAUCAACCGUUUCUUCAGCACCUUCACGUCUCAACUUUCGUCGAUUAGAUAGUGCAGGUGAAAGAACACACCGUCAACUUAUCGAUUGUAUCAGAAGUAAAGAUACCGAUGCACUUAUAGACUCAAUUGAUUCUGGUAACAUUGAGGUUAACUUUAUGGAUGAUGUAGGUCAAACUUUACUCAAUUGGGCUUCAGCCUUUGGAACCCAACAAAUGGUUGAAUUUCUUUGUGAACGAGGAGCUGAUGUAAAUAAGGGUCAACGCUCUUCAUCCCUUCAUUACGCUGCCUGUUUCGGUAGACCUGGAGUUGUUAAAGUGUUGCUUCGUCAUGGAGCUAAUCCUGAUUUAAGAGAUGAAGAUGGUAAAACACCAUUGGACAAAGCUCGUGAACGUAAUGAUGAAGGUCAUCGUGAGGUAACUGCAGUCCUUCAAUCUCCAGGAGAGUGGAUGUGUCCUGUUGGUUCAACCAAUAAAUGUGAUAAUAAGGGUAAUGAUUGUUGUUCAACAUCAGGAUGUGAACCUAAAGGUGAUCCAGCAAUGGCACCGAUUUACCUUGAACGUCUUUUACCAAUUUUUUGUCAAACAUUCCAAUCAACAAUGGUCAGGGCUGUGCGUAAAUCUAGUUUAAAUUUAGUCAAAAAAAUGGUCCAUUACAUACAAUCGGAGCAAAUUGUUUGUCUUAAUGAAAAGUUUCCUACUCUACCUCCACUCAUGGUUGAAGUUAUCUCCAAUGUGUUGGACAGUGAAGAUGACGAUGAAGGAUAUUUACUGGUUCUCCAAAUGAUACAAGAUUUAAUGGCCAAAGGAUCGGACAUCUUUUUGGAACAUUUUGCCAGAUUAGGUGUAUUUACUAAAGUGCAAACGCUCGCGGGUUUAAAUGUUAUGAUGAGCACUGAUAAAAUGAUUUCAUGUGAUUCAAAUGUACAAAGAAUUAAGGAAAGUGAAGAUGAUGAUGAAAGCUGUAUAGACGAUGCGAAGGAAAUAUCAUCUGGUCGUCCUUACCAUUGGAAAGAUUGGAGUUUAGUUCGAGGUCGAGAUUGUCUUUAUCUAUGGUCAGAUUCAGCAGCUCUUGAACUAUCUAAUGGUAGUAAUGGUUGGUUUAGAUUCAUUUUGGAUGGUAAAUUGGCUACUAUGUAUUCAAGUGGGUCACCUGAAGGUGGAACUGAUUCUUCUGAGAAUCGAGGUGAAUUUCUUGAGAAAUUACAAAAAGCUCGAAGUCAAGUGAGAAGCAAUAUUGCAAGUCAAGGUAUUCUAUCGUCGCCCUCAUCUCCAAAUUUAAUUGUUGGUAAUUGGUCUCUCAUGUGUCGUUCAGAAGGUGAAAUAAUUAUUCAUAAUUCAGAUGGUGAUCAACAAUCAACCAUUUUAAAGGAAGAUUUAAAUGGUUUCAUUUUUGAAUCAAACAAGGGAACUAAACACUCGUUUAUCGCUGAAACCAGUUUAGGACCAGAAUUUGUUUCUGGUUGGACCAAUCGAAAAGGAAAGAAACAAAGAUCCAAAAUUGAAGCAAUGAAACAAAAAGUUAAAGAUCAGGCCAGAGAAGUUUAUGAAACUUACUUCAAAAGUGCUCAACAAACACCAAGGUCAACUGUUGCUAAAUUAGCAAAAAUUGUGGCUCAAAUUGAGCGAGCUUGUGAAAAGCAAACAUUUCUCAAUAGAGAUUCACGGGAUUGGGAGAAUAUAUUAAGUUCAGCUUUAAGUGAUUUAGCUGAAUUAUUGUGUGAAGAAAGAGCCAUUUCUGCUUAUGAGUUUCAUACAAGUGGAUUAAUUCAAGCUUUGCUUAAAUUGUUGGCUAAAGAUCCAUCCAAGGGAACUUGGAGAUCAUCAGAAAAAUACGUUAAAGACCGUUUGGAAAUAUUUAAAAAACAAUUGGGUAAAGAGGAAUUGGCCUCUGCUUUGGUUCCAAAAUUGGUUGCCGUUCUAGAGUCUAUUGAGAAACUUCCUGUGUAUAUAUAUGAUUCACCAGGGUCUGGGUAUGGUUUACAAAUAUUAACUAAACGAUUAAGAUUUAGAUUAGAGAGAGCUUCGGGUGAGACCGCUUUAAUUGAUAGAACUGGACGUUGCCUUAAGUGUGAACCCUUAACAACCGUUAAUCAAUUGGAGAAGUAUCUUCUUAAGAUGGUAGCCAAACAAUGGUAUGACUAUGAUAGGUCAACGUUUACAUUUGUUAAAAAAUUGAAGGAAUGUAAAAAUGGCCUCAAAUUUACGCACCAAAGAGAUUUUGAUGAAAAUGGUAUCGUUCAUUGGGUUGGUACUAAUGGUAAAACAACAUCAGAUUGGGUUAAUCCAGCUUCUGUUGGAUUAGUUGUGAUAACCUCUUCGGAAGGUCGUAGUUUACCUUUCGGUCGACUUGAAGAUAUCCUUUCAAGAGAUUCAACAGCCCUUAAUUGUCAUACCAAUGAUGAUAAAAGAGCCUGGUUUGCAAUUGACCUUGGCUUAUGGGUAAUACCGUCCUGUUACACACUCAGACAUGCUCGAGGGUAUGGUCGAUCUGCCCCAAGAAAUUGGUUACUUCAAGCAUCGAAAGAUGGUAUUAACUGGACCACCUUAUACUCUCAUAUUGAUGAUUGUUGCCUCAAUGAACCUGGUUCAACUGCCUCAUGGCCACUUAGUGUCCCACCAGAUGAGAAACAAGGUUGGCGUCACAUUAGAUUACAACAAACUGGUAAAAAUGCAAGUGGGCAAACCCAUUAUCUUUCUAUAUCUGGUUUUGAAAUCUACGGAACGGUGACCGGAGUUUGUGAUGACCUGGGUAAAGCAGCUAAAGAAGCUGAAGCUAAUUUAAGAAAACAACGUCGUCAAAUCCGUCAACAGUUACGCUUUAUGUCCAUUGAUGCUCGUGUGGUACGUGGACCUGAUUGGAAAUGGAGAGAUCAAGAUGGUAAUCCUCCUGGUGAGGGAACCAUUACUGGUGACAUUCACAAUGGUUGGAUUGAUGUUGCCUGGGACAGCGGUGGAUCUAAUUCAUAUCGAGUCGGUGCUGAAGGUAAAUAUGAUAUCAAACUUGCACCAUCCAAUGAUCCUGAACUCUCAAAGAGGAAUCUCUCAUUGGCCAUGGCUUCAACAUCAAAUUGCCUUUUCUCAUCUUCUAAUCAUCCACAAGCAACACCAGUCAGUAUGGCUUCAGUUCUUGGUAUUCCAGGUAUCUCUCGAACCUCUCGAAUAGCUGAAACCUCAACAACCAACACUCAUUCAGCUCGAGGAAGUGUUUCCGCUUCCGUUUUAACUAGUCGUAAAAGUAGUUCGACAUCAUCUUUGGUUGAACCGUCCUCAAAUGUCAACAAAAUGACCGUUUCAUGUACAGAACAAGCAGCCUCCGUUGAUAGUCUUGUGGUUAAAAAGGCUGCACAAGCAGUGGCUGAAAGUGUAUUAACACGAGCAAGGGCGGACACCGCACUUGCAGAACAGAGUAAUGACACAAUAUUCAGUGUGGGAUUAUCACCAACCCAAGAAGAAACUGAGGAAUCAAUUGCGGAAAGUGAACGACCCACUUCACCUACACCCUCAAUGGAAGAUCAAAGGUCUUCCUGCAUUGUAGGAGCUGUUGGAGGUGGAACAUCAUCAGUAACCGUAUCAAUCAACAAAAUACCAACCGAAUCAAUUAAUAACAAUAAUUCUGGCGGAAGUAGUUCUUCACGAUCCUCCAAUAAUUACCCUAGUACCAUGAGUGUAUCAGUACCUAAUCUAUCAAUCAAUUCAAAUGUAAAUGAUUCAACAGUUAACCUUUUGGAAAGCUUUUCAGCGGUGGCAAGACGCCGAGGAAAUAGUACCACCUCAUCAUCAACCUCAUCAUCGUCAUCAGCAUCUGCUGCUGCAACAAAUACAAGCAAUUCAUUACUAUCAAGUAAUUCCAAUAAUGUUUGUAGCCUCGUUAGAUUGGCUUUGUCGUCCAAUUUUCCUGAAAUUUUCAAUGAUCUUCUCGAGGAAAUCUCUAACAGCGCAGAUUCACCACCCACCGAUGAUGCCUGUACAAGUUUACUUCAAGCCCGCGGUCUUUUGAGCACUGCUCAAAGUUACCCAAGCCUCACAUCACCCACGUCUCUUACCUCUACAACCCUUACAUCAAGCCAUUCAAUUAAUGCUCCUAUUGCAGCAGCAUCAUCACACUCUGCAGCACAUGGAGGAGCUGUUGGCGGAAGCAGCAGCUCCGGUGGCAAUAGUGCUGUUGGGGGUGACAAUGUUAGUGGCUCAAGUAGUGGUAGUAAUCAAAAUCAUUCACAAAUUCAUCAUUCAUCGGGUUUGGGUCAUCAUGGAUUAACAAUGAGUUUAACAUCAACCUCAAGUGAAAGUGAACAAGAUUAUCUAGACACUUGUCAAGCAACAACCUUACUAGCUGAUCUUGAAGAUGAAGAAGAACUUCCUGAUCCAGAGGAUGAAAAUGAAGACAAUGAAAAUGAUUAUGAUGAAUAUGAGGAGCUUAUGGAAGAAGAAACCUUUGAAUUUAGAUCACCCAAGAGACGCAAUUGGGAUGAUGAGUAUGUCCUGAAAAGACAAUUUAGUGCAUUAAUUCCAGCUUUCGAUCCACGUCCAGGAAGAACUAAUAUAAGUCAAAUCAUCGAUUUAGAUGUUCCUACCCCAGGAGCAUCAACUUCAACAACUGAUUCUAUUAAAAUAACAAAUCCCGAACCAAAGGUUUUAUUGUCCAUUCGAGGUCCCAAUCUAAAUGGAUCAGGUGAACUUGAGAUUGAUCUGGUUAAUCCUAAUUGGACAAUAUUUUCAGCCGUGCAAUUGUUAAAUCAAGCUUCAGUGGGAGGCUCGAGGCAAGAAAAGUUGAGAAGAGUCUGGGAACCAACCUAUGUAUUAACUUACCGUGAAGCGGGACCUCACGAAAUGAACGAGACACUUAAAAUUCAAAGUGCAUCAAUUAAAAUGGUUCUCACCAAUAAUCACAAUAGAAUCAGUGUUACUAGUCCAGUUAAAAUAAGUCCAGAUAACAGUUUAGGAUCUUCGGUGGACGCUGUCCUUCAACUUCUUCACCUUUUACAUUGUGUCUCCCGAGAUUCAAAGGACAAUAUAAAAUUGUAUGGUGACAUACUUUCGGUCAACUCCUAUGGAUUUAAUUUACCAAAUGAAGAGUUUAUUAGUAAAAAGAUAACCAAUAAAUUAGUUCAACAAAUUCAAGAUCCUCUUGUCCUUGGCUCAGGAUCUCAGCCUGAUUGGUGUGACAAUCUUAUGUAUUCUUAUCCCAUGUUAUUCCCCUUCGAAACUAGAAAAAUAUACUUCAAUUGCACUGCUUUUGGUACUUCUCGAUCCAUCGUUUGGUUACAAAAUCAACGAGAUUCAGUUCUUGAUCGAUCUCGUGGUCCAUCACCUCGACGAGAAGAUAUUCAUGAAUUUAGAAUUGGAAGGUUACGUCAUGAAAGAGUGAAAGUUCCUCGAAGUGAUGAUUUACUCUCUUGGGCGAUGGAAGUGAUGAAAAUUCAUGCAGAUAGAAAAAGUAUAUUGGAGGUUGAAUUUAGAGACGAAGAGGGAACUGGACUUGGACCAACCCUCGAGUUCUAUGCACUGGUUGCUGCUGAACUUCAACGUCGUGAUCUGGGCAUGUGGCUAUGUGAUGAUGAACUGGUUACCAACAAUAAAAUGAAAGAUUCAUCAGCUGAAAAAGAUGAAGGAUCGACCAAACCUCCAGGAUUUUAUAUUCAUUCAUCAAGUGGUCUAUUCCCUGCUCCUUAUCCCCAAAAUCACCCAAAACUUGCAAAAGUUAACGAGUUUUACCAUUUCUUUGGAAUAUUUUGUGCAAAAGCCCUCCAAGAUGCUCGACUAGUUGACCUACCAUUGUCCACUCCUUUCCUGAAAUUAAUUUGUAGCAGUAACACUGCCAACGAAACCAAAGUUGUCGAGGAUGAAGGUGAAGCUGUAAAUAUGGUUCAUCAUUCAAAUUUCAAUAGUUGCCUCUCAUCACCUUUAUCAGAGGAUGAUUUACUUCUCUCCGAGAGAGAAGAAAUCUCCCGACAGGUACGCCUAAAGAGGGAAAAAUUCGAGAGACGAGGACACUCAUGGAUGUCACGAGUUCUCAAUGAGAAAGAUUUUGCCUCCAUUAAUCCACACCAAGCUGCUUUCCUACAACAGCUUAAUGAGCUUUCCAUGAUGAAACAAAAGAUACUCUCAGAUAAAUCAUUAUCCAUUGAGGAUAGACAAAAUCAAAUAAGAAAUCUAUCCCUGCCCAUGAAUCAAGCCCAAAUACCAAUCAGAAUCGAUGAAUUGGAUUUAACAUUCCAAUACUUACCUCCCUCCCAAGUCUAUGGUUUCUCAGCUGUUGACCUUAAACCCAAUGGAGAGUUUGAAGAGGUUACAAUUGACAAUGUUGAAGAAUAUUAUGAAUCCAUGUUGGAUUUUUGUCUUCAUUCGGGUAUUAAAAAACAAAUGGAAGCUUUUAAAGAUGGAUUUAACAAGGUAUUCCCAAUGUCUAAAUUGGGAUCAUUUACAUCAGAUGAGGUUCGUCUCAUGUUAUGUGGUGAACAAGCUCCAUCUUGGACUCGAGAGGAUAUACUUGCUUAUACUGAACCGAAAUUGGGUUAUACAAGAGAAAGUUUGGGAUUUCAACGGUUUGUCUCUGUUUUGAUGGCCAUGUCUGGAAAUGAAAGAAAAGCUUUCCUACAAUUUGCCACUGGAUGUUCAUCAUUACCACCCGGUGGAUUAUCCAAUCUUCACCCUCGAUUAACGGUCGUCCGUAAAGUGGAUGCCACCGAUGGUAGUUAUCCCUCCGUUAAUACCUGUGCUCAUUAUUUAAAAAUGCCUGACUAUUCAAGUGAAGAGAUCAUGAGGGAGCGACUAUUAGCUGCAACAAAAGAGAAAGGAUUCCAUUUGAAUUGAACACAAAUCAAACAAUACACAAUUGUGUUGUGAAUUGAUUGAUUGAUUGAUCAACUUUAAUAGCACACAAAUAAAAUGGAAACAAAAAGAUGAUACAAAAUACCACCACCACCAACAUGAAAACUCGCAAACAAAGCAAAGGUCUAUCUAUAUAAAUAUAAUUAAACAAAAACAAAAGCCUAUGUUUAAAAGCUUAUCUCAAAACUCAAACAAAAAUAUCAAAAGUUGUAUAGUUCAUAAAGAAAACAAAAUUUACGGUAAACCUUCAACAAUUUCAUCACAUCAUGGGUAUAAAACCACCAACCAACCAGCCACACACACAACACACACAAGCACAUCUCCAACCACAGCCACAUUACUGAUGCUAAAUGAAUAAUGCAGAAUCAUAUUCUAAUUAUGAUAAAUGGCUUCAAAUCAAAUCUUUAAAUAUAACAACAAACAAAAUCUUAUAUUGACCAAAAUUGAAACAAAAAAAAACAAUUAAAAUCAACAAAGUUUAAAACAUACACACAAACAAAAACCUCUGAUUAUCUCAAAAAAAAUGGAAAAAAAAGUUAAUCAAUUGUAAUUGAUGAUCAGAAAUGAACCUGAACCCAAACCAGAUACCAGAAAAUUUGACGUUGACUUUGAAUCGUUUACUUAUUUAGUUAUCAAAUCACAUGUUCAUCUCUAACAAAAGCGAUUAACAAAAUGUAAUAAUGUCAUUUUAAUUCAUCUUCAUCACCCAUCAUCUCAUCAACAACAAUUAAUCCCCAUUUUCCCUUUAAAUCAUAAUUGUCAUCCGAAAACCUUAUCAACUAAAUAAAAGAAACAAUUAAACCUGCGGAAAAAAAA